AUGUCCAAGCACGACCAGACUGACCAUGCCACCAGCACUGAUUAUGCACCCAAGUCCAUAGGUGAACUGAAAGAAUUAUUGAAACAUGACAUCAAAGUCAAGGUUGCUGGCAUUGAUGUUGAUGGCGUUUUAAGAGGGAAGUUUAUGUCUAAGGAGAAAUUUAUAAGCGCAGCAUCCUCGGACGGUUUUGGCUUUUGCAGUGUGAUAUUUGGUUGGGACAUGCAUGAUGCUGUCUAUUCACGCGAGCUCCUUAUUUCAAAUCGAGCGAACGGAUAUCGCGACAUUCUGGCAUCAAUAGAUCUCUCAACGUACCGUCGUAUUCCUUGGGAAAACGAUGUACCCUUCUUCCUCGUGUCGUUCUUGGACCCAGAGACCAAGGAGCCCAUCUGCGCCGAUCCCCGCGGCGCGUUGAAGAAGGUCGUAGAUCGAGCUGAACAGAAAGGAUGGCAGUGCUUCGCCGGCUGCGAAUACGAGUACUUCCAAUUUAAAGAGACGCCUGAAAGCCUUGCCAAGAAGAAUUAUGUGAACUUGCAGCCACUCACCUCUGGAAUGCAUGGGUAUUCCCUCCUGCGUACUCAAAUCAACAAUGAUUAUUUUCAUGACCUCUUCGACGAGAGCUGGAAGUUCCAAGUACCGUUAGAAGGCCAUCACACGGAGACGGGACCAGGAGUCUAUGAAACUGCUUUAGCCUACACUACUGCCCUUCGGAUGGCCGACAACGCCAUCUUGUUCAAGUUCCUUGCCAAGAGUAUUGGCAUCAAGCGGGGCGUGGUUCCGAGUUUCAUGGCUAAGCCUUGGGGAAAUCUCCCAGGUUGUAGCGGGCACAUACACGUGUCUCUGCGAGAUCAGAAUGGCAAGAGUUUAUUUGCAGUUUCAGAAUCUGAGCUGCAGGCCGGCAGAGCGGACGCUGCAAACGACGACACUAAAUUCCUCAGCCAGGAGGGCGAAUGGUUCUUGGCUGGUGUCUUGGACGGCCUUCCGGAUAUCAUGCCCAUGCUUGUGCCCACCAUCAACGGCUAUAAACGCCUUGUGGGCGGGGAAGCCUUCUGGGCACCUAACGCAGUUACCUACGGUUACGACUCCCGAGCAGCGUCAGUGCGGAUCAUCUCGCCUCCCUCUGUGCCCCCCGCGGCAACUAGGUUGGAGGUACGCGUACCCGGAGCGGACAUGAACCCCUACUUCGCGAUAAGUGCGAUAUUUGCGCUGGGUCUACGCGGUAUCGAGAAGAAGAUCAAGCUCACCGGGCCUCCGGUCAGUCAACUGACAGUCGAGGAUAAACGAAGCGGCAAGGUGAAGAUGCUCCCGCAGUCCCUCGAGGCUGCGACGGAGUACAUGAUGCGCCCAGAGAGUAUUGCCCGAGAGGAGGCGGUGUUCGGCCAGGAUUUCGUCGACCAUUUUGGAGGAACGCGCCAACACGAAGUGAAAUUGUGGAACGAGGCCGUCACCAACUGGGAGGUGGAAAGAUACCUAGAAUUGGCGUAG